AUGAUCGCGAUCAAUCCCUGCGAAUUGCAUUUCAAAAAACAACUUGAGGGCUUCCUCACGGGAACUAUUGUGGGCAUAGCCAGUGUGACAAGGUGGGUCCAUGAGAUCACAUCCUUGUCCACCAUACUAUUGAACACCUCAAGUGCGCAAUCUAGGUCUCUCAAUUUUGCAUAUAUACAUAUCUACUACAGCAUUGUUUAUGAGCUUGUAACCCAGAAAUCCAGUUUUAACAACCAGUGGACAGAUUUUGCAUUUUCCAUAUCCAUUUUGGAAGCACGACAGUUUAGAACUGAAGGGUAUGUAAAAUCAUCAAUAUCCAUAUUUUUCACACAUUUUUUGAGACAACGACGUGCUUCCUCUUCCAAUCCCUGUUUCACACACCCAACAAUCAUGGAGUCCCAAGAAACCACAUCAACCUCCAUGGCCUCCAACACUCUCCUAGCACUAUUCAAGUCUCCACAUUGUGCGUACAUGUCCACUAAUGCACUUCAAACAAACACAUUAGUCCCAAAACCACCCUUAGUGAUGCAGCCAUGCACCUGCAACCCAAACCCAAGAGCAGAAACGGCUGCACAAGCUGCCAACCCCUUCUGCUCUCAUGUCUUGAAAACACUUGAUUGCUUUGUGUAA